UCAGACAACAGAUUCAAACAAUUCUUGCAAUAUUAUUUUUGAUUUGAUUUUGAUCUUGAUCUCCUUCUAGAACAACACAGCACACACCCUCUCUCUCUCUCUCUAAAAGUCUGUGUCUCUCUUUCUCUCUCUCUAUAAUUCCAUCUUCAUUCAAAGACUUCGCUCUAAUUUUUAUGAUUUUGAUUUGUUUUUGUCGACACCCAUUACGACUUUUCCCAAUCUCUUGCAAUCUUCGCCCUCGCCCGCCUCUUCUCUCUCUACAAUGCCUUUGACCUUGAAAAUUUCUUCUCUCACCUCUCUCUCCUCUCCCAGAUCAGAUAUACCCAUCUUUCCUCAACCCAUAGCGCAAGAGGAACGCAACCCAGCUCAAGGAUCAGCUCUCUAUCUCUUUCUCUUUCGCUCUCUAGAACGCUUUGGUGUUCAAGCAAGUAAGUUCUGAAAACCCAAUACAGCAAAAACAGCUCCGAGUCCUAAAUUCCUAAUUAUUUCUGUAAAUUUGCAUUUGUAUAUGUGUUUAGAACUGUAGGAGAAGAACCUCAAUCUGGCAAUAGAUACAAGUUUAUAUUGUUUGUUCGAGUACUGCGUCUUUGUUUUCUCAGUGUUGUGUUGAAUUUUGUUGUGAUUUUUGGGAAUUUUAGUUGAGAUCAAUUUUUGGGUGUUUGAUGUAUUUGGUGAAUAUUGAUUCUGUGCUGUUCAAGAGGUCCGUGAUCUUCAGAUCAUGGCCUCAAAGAGGGCUCUUUUAAUCCCUUCUCCUAGAACCCCAGGUGCCCCAGAACUUCCUUAUACACCAGUCUCUGCUGAUCUGUUCAAACCCAUCUCUGACAACCCCAAAUUCUCUUUGGGGAUGGAUUCAAAUAGCCCAAUUGAGACUACCUCUGCCCCUGAUUCUGUCCCAAAAUCAUCAUCUUAUCGAAGCAUUUCGUCCAUUCAAUCGAGAGGGUCUGGUGGAAAUUCAGUUAGAGAGGUUAACUUAGGUGAUUUGGGAUCGAAACCCGUGAGGUAUGGAUCGAGGGGUGCUGAUUCUGAAGGGUUUAGCGUGUCCCAGAAAGAGAUUAAUGAUGAGGAUGCAAGGCUAAUAUAUGUAAAUGAUCCAGUGAAAACGAAUGAGAGGUUUGAAUUUGCUGGAAAUUCAAUUAGGACUGGGAAAUAUUCUGUCCUGACCUUCUUGCCUCGCAACCUUUUUGAACAGUUUCAUAGAGUUGCAUACAUAUAUUUCCUUGUGAUUGCUGUCCUCAACCAGCUUCCGCAGCUUGCGGUUUUUGGUAGGGGAGCUUCAAUCCUGCCUUUAGCCUUUGUAUUGUUAGUUACAGCAGUUAAGGAUGCCUAUGAGGACUGGAGGCGGCACAAGUCUGACCGAAUUGAGAACAACAGGUUGGCAUCAGUUUUUGUAAAUAAUCAGUUUCAACAGAAAAAAUGGAAAGAUAUUCAGGUUGGUGAAAUCAUCAAAAUCUCUGCAAAUGAUACUCUUCCUUGUGAUAUAGUGCUGCUUUCGACCAGCGACCCAACUGGGGUUGCUUAUGUCCAGACCAUUAAUUUGGAUGGAGAAUCAAAUUUGAAGACACGGUAUGCAAAGCAAGAGACCCUUUCUAAGAUUCCUGAGAAGGAGAAGAUUAAUGGGUUGAUAAAGUGUGAGAAACCCAAUAGAAACAUAUAUGGGUUCCAGGCGAACAUGGAGAUCGAUGGGAAGCGGGUGUCUCUAGGACCUUCCAAUAUAGUUCUCCGUGGGUGUGAACUCAAGAAUACUGCUUGGGCACUAGGUGUCGCAGUGUAUGCUGGCAGAGAGACCAAAGCUAUGCUCAACAAUUCUGGAGCUCCAUCAAAGAGGAGCCGGCUUGAGACCCGUAUGAAUAGGGAAAUCAUUCUCCUCUCUCUGUUUCUUGUCGCUUUGUGUACAGUUGUUUCUGUUUGUGCUGGUGUUUGGUUGAGGCGCCACAGGGAUGAGCUGGAUGACUUGCCCUAUUACAGGAGAAAGGACUACUCUGAAAGUGAAGGGGAUGAGAAGGAUUACAAGUAUUAUGGAUGGGGAAUGGAGAUAUUCUUCACCUUCCUCAUGUCAGUCAUUGUGUUCCAGAUUAUGAUCCCUAUUUCAUUGUAUAUUUCUAUGGAGCUUGUCCGCGUUGGUCAGGCUUACUUCAUGAUCAGGGAUGCCCGGAUGUACGAUGAAGCCUCAAAUGCAAGAUUCCAGUGCAGAGCUUUAAACAUAAAUGAAGACUUGGGACAAAUAAAGUAUGUGUUCUCUGACAAAACUGGUACACUGACUGAGAACAAGAUGGAGUUUCAAUGUGCAAGCAUUUGGGGUGUAGAUUACAACAAUGGGAAAGCUAUACAAGGGGAAGAAGUUGAAUACUCUACUCAAGUGGCCGGGCAGGUUUUGAAGCCAAAAAUGAAGGUGAAGGUUGACGCAGAGCUUCUACAACUAUUAAAAAGUGGAAAGGAUACAAAGGGAGGCAAAAAUGUUCAUGAUUUCUUCCUUGCAUUGGCUGCUUGCAACACAAUUGUGCCUCUUAUUGUAGAGACAUCUGAUUCUACUGUGAGUGUUAUAGAUUAUCAAGGGGAAUCUCCAGAUGAACAGGCAUUGGUUUAUGCGGCUGCUGCCUAUGGUUUCAUGCUUAUAGAACGAACCUCUGGGCACAUAGAAAUUGAUGUCCAAGGUGAAAGGCAAAGGUUCAAUGUUUUGGGUUUGCAUGAGUUUGAUAGUGACCGGAAGAGGAUGUCUGUUAUAUUGGGUUGUCCUGACAAGACCGUUAAAGUUUUCGUAAAAGGCGCUGACACAACCAUGUUUUCUGUAAUCGAUAAGUCCUUGAACUUGGACAUUGUACGUGCAACUGAAGCCCAUAUUCACUCUUAUUCCUCAGUGGGUUUGAGAACCCUUGUUAUAGGAAUGCGGGAACUGAGUGAUUCAGAAUUUGAGCAAUGGCAGUUUUCUUAUGAGGCAGCAAGUACUGCUUUGAUUGGAAGGGCAGCUUUACUUCGUAAGGUUGCGGGCAAUGUAGAAAAUAAUCUCAGGAUAUUGGGUGCCUCUGGAAUUGAAGAUAAACUGCAGCAAGGCGUGCCAGAAGCAAUAGAGUCUCUAAGAAUGGCAGGGAUUAAAGUGUGGGUUCUGACGGGGGACAAGCAAGAAACUGCUAUAUCCAUUGGCUACUCCUCCAGGCUUUUAACAGGCAAGAUGACGCAGAUUGUAAUCAACAACAACUCUAGGGAAUCGUGUAGAAAGAGUUUAGAAGAUGCCUUGAUUAUGUCUAAAAAACUCAUGACGGUGUCUGGUUCUACGCAAAAUGCUGAUAGAAGUUCUGGAGCUGGUGCAAGUCCUGUUGCCUUGAUAAUUGAUGGAACAAGCCUUGUGUAUAUCCUUGACACUGAACUUGAAGAACAGCUCUUUGAAUUAGCAAGUAAAUGUUCUGUGGUUCUUUGUUGUCGUGUGGCUCCAUUGCAAAAGGCUGGAAUUGUUGCCCUCAUAAAGAACCGGACAGAUGACAUGACCCUAGCAAUUGGGGACGGUGCUAAUGAUGUUUCAAUGAUUCAAAUGGCUGAUGUGGGAAUUGGCAUCAGUGGACAAGAGGGUCGGCAAGCUGUUAUGGCAUCAGAUUUUGCAAUGGGGCAGUUCAGAUUCCUGGUUCCUCUUUUAUUGGUCCAUGGACAUUGGAAUUACCAGAGAAUGGGCUACAUGAUAUUAUACAAUUUUUACAGGAAUGCAGUGUUUGUUCUCGUCUUGUUCUGGUAUGUGCUCUUUACCUGCUUCACUUUGACGACUGCAAUCAACGAAUGGAGCAGCGUGUUGUUUUCAGUAAUUUACACUUCAUUGCCUACAAUCGUUGUUGGAAUCCUAGACAAGGAUCUAAGUAGAACGACUCUUCUAAAGUAUCCUCAGCUUUAUGGGGCUGGACAGAGACAAGAAUCCUACAAUUCAACAUUGUUUUGGCUGACAAUUUUGGACACUUUGUGGCAGAGUAUAGCUGCCUUCUUUGUCCCCCUCUUUGCAUAUUGGGAAAACAGUCAAAGCACUACUGAUGGUUCAAGCAGUAUUGAUGGUUCAAGCAUUGGAGAUCUUUGGACACUUGCAGUGGUGAUUUUUGUUAAUAUUCACUUGGCCAUGGAUGUGAUUCGGUGGACCUGGAUCACUCAUGCAUCCAUUUGGGGAUCCAUAAUCGCCACCUGCAUUUGUGUCAUUGUCAUUGAUGCUUUGCCCACGUUACCUGGUUACUGGGCCAUCUUUCAUCUUGUAAGGACAGGAUUGUUUUGGUUGUGCUUACUUGGCAUCCCAGUAGCAGCAAUGAUUCCUCGUUUUGUUGUAAAAGCUUUAGUUCAAUACUAUAGACCUUCAGAUGUUCAGAUUGCGAGAGAAGCCGAGAAGUUUGGGAAUUUUAGGAAUUUUGAAGGUGCAGAAAUAGAAAUGAACCCGAUUUUCGACGCUCCUCGGAGAUGAUUAGGUGGUUUUGUUCCUUGAAUCUCCUUUAUUUUUUUUUUUUUAUACUUUUGUAAAAAUGUCUCAUUCUUUAGGCUGCUUCGAGUUUCCGCCUUGCCUUGCCAUUUUUCCAUUUUUUUACCUAUCCAAAGGAUAGAAAUCGUUAUACUUAGGUUUGUAUUCUUCUAUGUUGUAUCUUCCUUAGAAUUAUUAAAUGUAAAUUAUCAUUGUUUACGUCAGGAGAUUUUACACAGUUGUAACAUGAAAUUACCAUCAAAAGAGUUGAGUUUGCA